AUAAUAGACCGGCCUCUGACUGUUGCUCCAAUCUCCUUCAUUCUCUCAUUCAGAGCACUUCAGAUGUCGUCUUCUCCCGUUACAUCCUUUCAUUUACUUAAACUCCCAACUCUUGUUCUCUCUGAAGUUCUAGAUCACUUGAAAACAAUGGAUAUAUUCAUACUUCGCGCAACAUCUCGAAAAACUAAAUGUGCUGUGAAACAAUCUUUAGGGCACGCGAAUAAGCGCCAGAGUGAGGAUCGACGCUUCUUUGUAUUGAAUAUUCAUGCACGCCGAGAUUACUUUGAAAUAAUCUUCCAGACGUUAACUGCGGACAUUAAUUUAUAUAAGGGUGGUGAUGUUAAUCGAGUAGUGGAAAUAAUUUCAGAUUUUCUAGAGAACCAAGAAGAUGUAAAAAGAGUAUGCAUAAACCUUUAUAUAAAUGAUAUUUACAAAGAGGUGGAUACUAAGAGAUUAGUUGCACUUAUUGUAAGAAAAAAAAUAUCUAUUAAUAAUUUGACGUUUGACGGAAAAAAAAAAUCAAAUAAAUUGUUUCGGGGUCUGUUCAAAAGUAAAGCGGCAGAUUUGAAAGUGAGAACGGUGCAUGAUAUUCAAUUGAAUGAUAUUAACUUGAUGGUCCAUUGCUGGCAUGUGGCAUUGGCUGGGAUUAAUUUGAACAGUGAUCACUUAAACGUACUCCUCAAGAAAUGGAAGGAAAACAGCAGUCUGGAAUACUUUUGUGCAAGAGAAAUGGAAUCGCCUCUUGAAAAAACUAUCAUUCUUGAAGGGACAAACUCUAGACAACGAUCUGAGGAUAAUCGGUUUUAUAGAUUUAAGAAUUGCGAAUUUCUCACAACAUGCAACAAUGGAAAAGAAUCUCACUUAACAAUUUAUGAGCAUUGCUUCUUCCUCUCCGUUCCAUUUCGAAACAACAUUUUGAUUGCUGAUAAUUUAUAAAACAAUCUACGUGUACCCACAUAAAGCUUUGAUUUGUUGCUGAAAGUGUUUUUAAAAGCAAUUACCGUACAAAAC